CUCUCUCUCCCCCUUUCGUGCACUGCACGUACGCGUGCGUCCAUAGUACGUGCAUUAAACAGUGCGUAGUUGCGAACGUUGUAUGUUUUUCUUCGAUUACAGCGCGAGCUGCGAUUGUGUCGUCGAUCUAUGUGCGAUCCCUCGGAGGCAUCGUUGCUUUAUGAUCCGCGGACGUUACGCACCGAUGUUUUAGCUGGAUUAUGCACCAGCUUCCACUGAGUACUCUCGCUGCCUUUCAAUUUAUAAAUGCUAAAACAUGCCACCCAAGCAGAGGAAAAUAGCCAUUAUGGGCUACAGAUCCGUAGGUAAAUCAUCCCUCAGUAUACAGUUCGUCGAAGGACAAUUUGUCGAUUCGUAUGACCCGACAAUAGAAAAUACAUUUACAAAAAGUACACGGGUAAAUAGUCAAGACUAUGAACUGAAAUUAGUAGACACAGCUGGACAGGAUGAAUAUAGUAUAUUUCCUACGCAGUAUUCAAUGGACAUCCAUGGCUAUGUCCUGGUGUACAGUAUAACCAGCGCGAAAAGUUUUGAAAUUGUACAAAUUAUUUAUGACAAACUGCUUGACAUUACUGGAAAGCUUCAUGUCCCGAUUGUACUAGUGGGCAACAAAACGGAUCUAUACGUAGAUCGUAUGAUCACCACGGAUCAAGGAAAGCGCUUAGCAAGUUCCUGGAAUGCAGCAUUUCUCGAGACCAGUGCAAAACAGAACGAGUCUGUUGCAGAUAUUUUUCACACAUUACUCAUGGAAAUUGAGAAGGCCAAUGGGAAUGUACAAGAAAGGUCGAAUUGCAUCAUUUGUUGAGUUGCCUGGAGUGAUUAACAAAAACAUGUAAAUCUGUAAAACCGGGUAGAAAACAUUGGUAUUGUACUCUGGUACCUUUGCAGUCCUGCUGAAACAAAUACAAAAGUGUCAAAAGUGUAAAGGA